UCAGUCUUCAAAGCUCACCUCAAGUGGCCUUCAGGCUGGGUCUACCUUCCAAUGGUUUGGGAAGGUUGGUCCAAGAGGAACCCCAGAGAGUUCCAUUAGCAGGUAAUAUCUACAUACAAAAGAUGGAGGGGCGGCGGAUUGAAGAAACAUGAACAGAAACUCACCACAACUAACCUGCAUCUCCUUAUAUAGAGUUUGUAUGGACAGGACUACAUUACCCAGCAUGCAUCAGAGCUGAGGACCUUGUUGGGGGCUUUGAAACCACCAAUGAGAAGGAAAGGUGCAAAAUGUUCGUAAGGACAGCUCUCCUGGACUAAUAUAAAAAUAGGUAGAGAAGUGUGGGACAGAGAGACUUCUGACUGCCGAGUACCUGCUGUACCCAGGGGCGUGUGUUAUCACAGUCAAAUUUUUGCACAUUGGGGCUCUUAUUAAGGGGCAGAUUUAUCAAAAUGUGAGUUUAGAGGUUAAUACAUAAAAGCUCACCCAUGUUCUAUUCACUAAACCUUUUGCCAUCCCACCCAUACCAUAACCACACCCAAUAAACCCACCACUGCCAAGGGAGCUCUAAAUGGUCAUCUCCCUUCUUAUUACAGUAAUAACAAUAGCUAACAAAAUCAAGCCUUGUUUGGUGGCCUAGUGUUCUAGACCCCUGCGUAGCUCUCUAAUAUCAAUAUUGAAUCUGAUUUGACACACCCUAAAUGCUUUCUCAAACAAUGAAGUCCUUAAGGAUUUGCCCCAGGGCCUCACCACUAAAGAUAACCCUGGUUACUCACUCCUACUAAUCUAUCUUUGCUUCAGUAAGAAUGUAUUAGAAAGUUCUUGAAAGGAAGGCACUAUAUUGUGCCCUUUGAAUUAUUAUUGUAUUCUGUAAGCAGUGCACGUUGCACAAUAAGAGGAGGGAUCUUAGACUUUGGUUUGUUACGUUCCGAGACCUUUGCUUUUAAGGGGAAAGUUCAUUUUGUGUGAGUGACUACAGGUGAAGGCAGUGUUUGCCAUGUCUCGGCCAACUCCACAAGACAUACAGGUUCGUCCUGCCACUGCCCGUGACUAUGAGCAGGUGAUGUCCAUCUCAGAAGGAGUAUACAGUGGGGUGGAUUAUCUUCCAGUUAGGUACCAUGAGUGGCUGGAAGACCCUCAGCGGAGGAUGUUCCUGGCCAAGUUCGAUGGAAGAGUGGUGGGCUUUGAGUCCUUUGUUGUGGUAGAUGCGGGUGUCACUGCUGUUCUUCAAGGUCUACGUGUUUCACCCAGGAUGAGAGGUCGUGGGGUGGCAGGGAUAAUGCAGCAGACAUGCAUAGACAACCUGCGCUCUAAUUAUCCUGAUGUCACCAGAAUUCGCCUAACACGGCUAGAAGAACCCACGCCUUCAAUGCUGAGCAAGUACCGAAUGUUACAUUCCAAGGCAGUGGUCUCAGUGAUCUUGCCCCAUGACCAACUAGACCAUGCUGUCAAGUUGCUGAAGCAUCGGGUGCAGAGUGCAUAUGGGAGAAGACCUCUUGUUGUCCUUACUCCUGAAGCAGUCCUAAGUUUGUUUGAGAAUUCCUGUACCGCCGAGGUGUUGCUUCCCAAGGGGCUUCUUAUCCAAGGUUGGCUUCCUCUAUCUACCCACAGGUCCAACCUAGAGUUGUUGCUACAAAGAGGAGUUGUCUGGUUCCAUUCUGAACACUGUGAAGAGACAAGUGACUCUGCCAAAACCUCUAAAUCCAGAAAUACCAGUGAUGCCAUUUCUCCUUCAUCUGAGUUCCUUAGCCUGGGCACCCCUCCCUACUCUGUGCCCCUAGGAGAUGGUAUGCAUCGGUUUGACAUUGACCUGUUUGGAACUGAUCCUAUUGCUGCACAAGCCCAUGUCCUACACCAGCUGAUUGAAGGAGUGCGUUUACUACCCACAGGGGGUGGUGUUAUUUGCUUCUUGUAUGCAGAAAAGAGUCUUGAAGCUGUGCUUACUCAGUUCUGCCAAGGGAUUACCCCAUUUCCUCUAUGGAAUAAGCAACUUGUCCUAGAGCAGGAUAUCUAGUAGUCGCAACCAAAUUUGUCAGCACACAUUAUUCCAAGAUACUAGACACCAAUAAAAACCUACUUGCCCAACCCACA